AUGAGUCGAUGCAAAAUAUUUAUCCUCGUAAGUUUGAUUUUGAAAAAACAAAAUGAACGUUCAGCUAUGAACCCAAUGCCUGGGGUUAGUUUCACCGCGCCGCCACCUCCUCCACCAAUUCCACAAGGCGUUGAAUUAGUGCUAGAAGCUUCCGAUCAAUGGAAAAUUCAAGAAAUCGGGUAUGAUGGUGUUGAAAAAUAUAUCAAACCAGAAACAUUCACGGAUAAUGUAGGAAAAUUGGCUAGAAAAAUUGAUUGGAUGAAAAUCGUUGGUUCAGAUGUUCCAACAAAUUCAACCAAUGAAUUAGAUGAUGAAGUUAGUUUUUUUUUCCAAAAAUAACAAUUUUGAAGUUUAACAAAAUGUGAUAUUUUCAGAACGUCGAGAAAAAGACGAAACCAUCUGAAGAUCUUGUUGUUCCUGAAGUUGGACCAUGGAGUUUUGUAGCAAAACAAUUGCAGUGAGUCUACUCCAAUUAAAAGAAUAAUUCAAAGCAUCACAUAUUUUCCAGUGAAUCUCUUCAACAAUUAAAUGUUCUUCUGGAUAAUCUAAACAUUGCAAAAAAUACGGAUUACAUGAAACCAUUAACAGUUCUCGAUCCAAUCUCAAAUUUUGAAACAAACGCAGAAAUGAUAAAUAUUGGAAAAGGAACUCAAUGGAUUUGGAAAAGAAGAGCAAUUCAGGAAGCAGCCAGUGUUCUAGAAAAUGCUGGAAAACAGCGACAAAGAGCAGCGUCGAGUUUGGGACUUUCAGAUGAAUAUAUGUCACAUAUGCAAAGAACACAAUUCUUUGAGUAAGUUUUAUAGUUUUUUUCAAAAAAAUCUAUAUAUUUUCAAUGAGAAAAUUAACAGGGAAUUGAAAGAGAUGCGUGAUUUUUGGCGAGUUCGCAAAACUGGUGAUCGAAUUUAUGGAGAUCUCUCAUAUAAUAUUUGUAAGUUCUUUUAAUUUUGUUUUAAAAUUGAAUAUUGUUAACACAAAUUUAAUUUCAGUCGGUACAAAAUACGAAACUCAUACACUUUUUGAUAUCAAUCGACGAAAUGUUGGAAAAAAUGAGACAUCAAAUGAGAGUAUUCUAGAAGUAUCUGUUCCGAAAGAUUUAACUCGACGAACUAUGCUAAAUGUAUCGAUUAUUAAAGACGAAGUUCAAUCUGGAAAUAUGUAUUCAAGUGGAAAUGAUGAGCAUGAAAUAUAUUUGAAAAAUUGUGGAGUGAAAGAAAAAGACAAGUUUGUUCAUUGGAAAGAUGCAUUGAAAUGGGCACAGAAUACGCUGUUUUGUAGAGACACUUUUAAUAAUGUAAAUCCUUAAAAAUAUUUAAUUUAUAAAACAAAAUCUUCAUUUUCAGUUAUGUAAAGAUGCUAUCAAAUUGCGUAAUCGACUUUCUGUGAUACGGGACAAUGUUUUGCUUAUUUCACUUUUUGAUGAUUAUUUGCUGCGAGUUGAGCUCAAAUUUUAUCCAUUUGAAAAAGGAGAAUUGGAAGAAGAAGGCGAUAAAUAUUUGAAUCGAAUUCUUCGUGAAUUAGUUGUAUCUUUUGAAUGUACCAAAUUUUUGCGACCACAAAUGUUCACAUCUUCGGCGAUUACACAUUUACCCGAAUCUUUGGAUAUGAGAGGAUCGAUGGCUUAUAGUGCAGAUGAGGUUUGUUUAGUUUUGAAGAUGCUGAAAACAAUAAAUAAGAACUCAUCUCGAUGGAAACAAUGUAACCAUCAAUACUAUUCCACCAAUUCUCUCUAUUAAAAAAUCUAGCUUUUCCAUAAUUUCAGAUCAAAAUCAAAGCGAUCAAACCAAAAACAUUGCUCGAACGUCUUCUUGAUAUGGCUGGCCACUAUCAUUUGGUGAAUUUGACUGGAAAAAUUGUGGAAAAAUGCGCGUCACAAACACGAGAUCCAUGUUUGACACAUCGAUGGGUUCAAAGUGGAAGAAAAUUGUCGAAAUUGACUGUUUAUAUGUCAUCAAAAGAUUAUGAACCAGUUCUUGGAAGGUUUGUAUUUUCAAAUAUCUGAUUUUUCAACAAAACAACUUUCCAGCAUGCGUAAUGCUUUCAACGUCGAUGUGACAACAGAUUGUGUGAUUGUCGAAAGUAAAGAAGGUGUUAAAAUGAUUUGUCACAGAGAUCCUGAACAAAUUAUGUAUAGUUUCAAUUAUUGUGUAAGUUUUUUUUAUAUUUCAGACGUUUUCCUUAUCAAAUAUAUUUUUAUUCCAGGUUUGCACAUAUUCGAUUUCAUUGAUCUCUCUUUUGGCUAAAAAUAUGUGGACAACUCCAUUUCAUACAUUACACGCAAAUAUUCACGCAUUGGAUGAUGAGGGAAAACCAGCGCCAAAUUUGAUUUUGUGUAAUCAAGACGCCACUCAAUCAGUUUUGUUUGUUUUUCGAGUUGGCAAAGAGCCAGAGAUUCGAAUUCGAAAGUUUGUUGUUAAUGAUGCGGUAAGUUAUUUAUUUUAGUUGGAAAUAAUUUUUUAAAUUCAUUUCGAGUUUGGAGAAAUAUCUUUCUCGUGGAUUUUUAGUGUAAAACUUUAAAAUAAAAAAAUAAUGUUGGAAAAUGAAGAAAUUUCCUCGUUUUCCCGGUGAUGAAAAGUUGAAUAAUUAGACAAUUUAAAAAUGAGUGAAAUUUUUUCAGACAAUGAAACCAGAAGAACAUAAAUGGCGAAAAUUGAACUACGAAAAAUUGGCUGGUUCAACACUUUGUCGAAAAGUUGAUGUUCUCCUCGCAUUUCUACGCGAUGCUCCUUAA